AUGGAUCACUGCGAUAUUAUUGAUGAUGAACAACUAGAACCUACGUUACAAAAUGUAAUUAGCCAGACCACUUUAAAAUGGAUUUUCGUAGGUGGUAAAGGAGGCGUUGGUAAAACCACAUGCAGGUAAUAACCAACAACUUUCCUAAUAUUAGGUAUACUUUUGUAGGUACCUAAUUAUCGUCCAAUUUGAUUUUAAUUUCAGUUGUAGUUUGGCCAUUCAAUUAGCAAGUGUACGUGAAUCUGUACUUCUUUUAUCAACUGAUCCAGCACAUAAUAUAUCUGAUGCGUUUGGACAAAGGUUCACUAAAGUGCCUACUAAAGUUGAAGGUUUCAAUAAUUUGUUUGCCAUGGUAAUCAUAUUAGAUACCUAUUAAAAAUAUAUGAUUAUUAAUUUAUUAAUACAAAUUAUUAAUUUUUAUUUAUGACAUAGGAAGUAGACCCAGAUGUCAGUAAUGGCAAUGAACAUUUAUUUGAACAAAACGAUGAAUCUGAUAUAAUGCGAUUGGGUAGAAGUAUUUUACGGGAUGUGGUUGGAGCAUUCCCUGGUAUUGAUGAAUCAAUGAGUUACGCUCAAGUAAUGAAGUAAGUAUGCAUACAAUUGUCUAUUAAAAAUUACAUAGGCGCCGGGUUUUGAAAUGUCAUAGAGGCUGAGCUAUAAUCUACUAAUAUUUUUAAAAACAUUUUGAAUUUAUCAAUUUAAGUCAAUUAUUACAUUCAUUUAACAACUAGUAUAUUAAAACAAACAAAAAUUAUCAUAAAAACAUUCACUUCAAAACCUAUUUAUUAACCUAUUUAUUAGAUUAAGAUACAUUAUUAUUAUAUUUUACUGUAGGUUAAACAUAAUACACACAUAGUUUUCGAUUUAUUUUGUAUAAAUUAGAUUAAACUUAUGACAAAGUUGUUACCUUUAAUACUGUUAAUAUAACUAUUAGUAACUAUUGAUAGUUCAACUUAUUCAUCUCUAUAAAUAUGGAGAAUUGAAGUAUCAUUUAAACAUUCUUGAGACAUUAUGAAUCUGAGAUAUGUCUUAAAACUCUAAAGUGCAAAAAAUGACUUCUCUACUGUUCAAGAGGAUACUGGUAUUAUUAACAUAAUUCUCAAUAGCUAUUUUAACUUUAGUAAUAAGUCACAUAGCAUUUUAUCUUUCUUGAAAAAAUCAAUGAUGCCUUAAAUGUUGUAAAGUAUAAUAACUCUAAUACACAGUUUGUAGCUUUGCAUGGAGAAUUUCUAUUCUGUUGAAAAUUUUAAUCACAGCAUUCAAUAAAAAAAAAAUCAAAGUUAAUUAUUUUUAAAUUUUAUUAUUUUUCAUUGAUUUUGAUAUCAACGAAAAAAAAUAAGACCCAACUUAUGCUUUUUAUAAGGGGUGGUACCUCAGCUUUACUAUUUCAUUGGGAACUUCAGUUCAGUAUCCCUGUGUGCUUGGCGCCUAUAAAAAAUUGUUUUAUUAUCCAUGUACAAUGUACAUGUUAAAAAUAAGUAUUGAUUAAAAAUGUUGAGUAUGUCUAUUUGCAGUAUGUUUGUACAAUAUGUUAAAAUAGAAUUAAUAAUGUUAAAUUAUUAAAAUUAGUAUAAAUAAUAUUUUAAUAAAAUUAUGAUUGAUAAAUAAUCAUGACUUGGAUUUUAUAGUAUUUGUUAAUUAUCAUAGAAUACAGAUUAAAAUUGCAGAGUGAACUUUACAUCUUCUUUAUGCACCAGAUUCCAAAUAUACAAUUUUAUAUUGCUGUUUUUUAUAUAUUUAAAGUAUUUUAGAUUUUAAGUACUAUCUUUCAAUUUUUUAAUUUAUUUUUUAUUAUUACACCUAAUAUAAUUAUUUAUUUUGUAUUUUAAAAAAUAAUAGAAAAAUGUUUGGUUAUAUGAAUUCAUAAGAAACCUACAUUUUCAUUUCAUAUUAUAAUCUUUUUUAGUAACUUGGCGUACUGACUUAUCAAACAGUCUACAUUUAUGACUUUUUAUCGGUUUUAAUAAAUACAUUUUCUUUUUUGUCAUUUUUCAUGUUUUUAAGUUAGGCACUUGAAAAAAAAGUCCUAGUAAUGAUUUAUAAUAUUUUAUUUUUAAUUAUGUCUAUUUAUUGUUUAAUUUUAGGUUAGUUAAGAAUAUGAACUUUUCAGUAGUUGUACUUGACACAGCUCCUACAGGGCAUACUCUACGAUUGUUGACUUUUCCUUUGGCAAUGGAAAAAGCUAUAGUAAAACUUUUGGAUUUAAAAAAUAGAGUAGGGCCUUAUCUUAGUCAAGUUAGUAUGUUAUUUGGUGGGGGUAUUAAUUUGGAAGAUAUUUCUCAACAACUUGAAGAGUUGUUGGCUACAAUCAAAACCAUAAAUGAACAAUUCAAAGAUCCUGUAAGUAAUCAAUAUAAUAUUAUACUCUAUUCACAAUAAGUGACCACUUUCGCACAUGUAUACUGAGCCGCCGUAAUCUAUGAUUGGUCGGUGAUUUUCGUUGUUCGUCGUAGUAGGCAGCAGGCUGCUGCCACGGCCGUUCAUACAGAGGGGUGUUUUCAUUGAGCGAGUGGGUCAACUUACGGUGAAUAGAGUAUAGUCAAAUACAUAGGUUUUAUAAUGAUUUUUUUGUAGGAUCAAACAACAUUUAUUUGUGUAUGCAUUGCUGAAUUUUUGUCAUUGUAUGAAACUGAGAGACUUGUUCAAGAAUUAACCAAAAAUGGAAUUGACACUCAUAAUAUUAUUGUUAAUCAAUUGUAUAUAAACAAUGGUGAUUCGGAUCCCAAUUGUAAAAAGUGUUCUUCCAGAAGAGCAUUACAGCACACAUAUCUCGAUCAGGUAUAUUCAUUUAUAUAUGCAUUUUAAAUAUGGUUUAUUUAAAAAAUGUUAAUUCCACUCUAUCCUUUUUUAGAUUUAUGAUUUAUACAUCGAUUUCCACAUUACUAAGCUUCCUCUAUUAGAAAAGGAAGUAAGAGGUGUUACCGAUAUAACAGAGUUCUCUAAAUAUCUGAUUUUUCCAAAUUAUGCAUUUAAAAAAUCUGUACCGUAA